AUGGAAACCAGGAAAACAAAAAUCAUUAUGACAGUCGGCAAAGCGUCUUCUUCUAAAAAAGCCUUAUACGAGCUAAUUAAAGCAGGAGUUGACGGAAUCAGAUUAAGCACCAGGUUUAUCAGACCCGAAGACAAAGAUCUCAUAAUGAGAAAUCUUAGAGAAGCUGAGCAAGAAGCCAAAAGAGAAGUUUGUGUGAUUUUGAGUUUAAGAGAAAGCGACAUUCGCAUAGGAAGUCCUGACCCUCAAAACCCAAUUGUGCUGAAAGAAGGAGAUAUCGUGAAAAUUGUGAAUGAUGCCUCUUUAGUUGAUGACACUAAUGUAGCUAUCUGCAACAAUAGAGAGCUGCCAAAUUUGGUUAAACGAGAUGACAAGCUUCUGUUGGAAUUCGGAAAAGUCGUUUUUACAGUAUUAAACGUCGAACUUUACAAGCCAAGAUCCCUCACUCCAGAUCCAGCAGCCGAUAAUCAAGGCUCACCUAUCAUAAAUGAAAACCCUGAAGCCAGCAACGACUUAAAGCCUAUAAACAAUUUCCAAAGAUAUCAGCGCGUAAAGCCAAAAAUUGCGAAAGCGCCAAAAGUUGUGAUAUGCAGGGCUGAGAAUAAGUGUGUCAUAAAUGAUCAAAUCCCUGUCAACUUUUCACAUACAAAUAUAUUUGACCCUGAUAUAAAUAAUGAUAUGGAAGACAUCAGACUGCUGGAAUGGGCGAGUUCUGUGGAUUUUGAUGUGAUUAUUUAUAAGCAAGUCAGAGGAGAAGAUGACUUAGAAAGCUUGUGAAGUAUAAGGAUUCCUCCAAAAACGAAAAGAUUUGCAGGAAUUCAAACAAAGGAAAGCAUAGGGUAUCUUGAUAAUUUUAUACAGCUGUCUGAUGGGGCUGCUAUAGGUCGUGGAAUUUUAGGAGUAGAAACGGGGCUGUCUGAGGUUUGUCGACUUCAAAAAUUGAUUAUUAAAAAAUGCAAUGAUAAAGGAAAGCCUGUUUUAUUGUCAACACAAGUAUUAGAUUCGUUGGUCAGCCGGCUAAAGCCUUCAAGGUCAGAGGUUACCGAUAUUACUAACAUGGUCUUUGAUGGGGUAUAAUUUACUAAUUAAAUAAAGUCGGAGCUCCUUAGCCUAUUUUUCUAUAAAUUAGGUAUCAUUUUUAUUAAUAAAUUAUUUUCUUAGCCAAAUAUAUCCAAUUAAGAAUAGACGGAAUUAUACUUACAGGAGAAACUGCAUAUGGCAGAAACCCUUUGUUAGCUGUACAGUAUUUAGAAUCAAUAAUUUCUGAAGCAGAGCAGCAUAUUCAUUAUGAAGAAGAACAAGAAAUGAUAUUCAGAGACCUAAAACUCCCAAUGAGCAUUACCGAAAAUAUUUGCUACUCCGCAGUCAGAUCAGUCUCUAGCACCAUGGCUUCACUAAUUAUUUGUAUCACAAAAACAGGCAAAACUGCUCAGAAAAUCGUAAAAUAUAAGCCUGCCUGCAUGGUUUUAGCAAUAACUGACUGCUCAAAAACAUUAAGAUUCUUAAGAAUUGUAAGAGGUGUUUACCCUGUUCUGAUGGACCAGACUGCAAGCCAUUUGGUAGAAAGUGCCCUUAAUAUUGCGAAGGAACAUAAUUUAGCACAAGCAGGACAGACUGUGAUAUAUGUGUGUGGAGGAAAAGAUUCCUUUGUUGAAGGAGACACAUCUUUAUUGAGAUUUUGCACGAUCCCUUAA